AUGAGGGGCCGUCCCCGAACGCAUAAGAUAGAAAAAGGACCCCCUAGCCCAGACCCUGCUGAAAAACAUGAGCAACUUCAGUUAGAAGUUCCGCUCGAGUGGAAUGGUUAUUGGUACUCUCUUUCAUAUCCUCCUCCUGUUGGUUAUAUACUCUUAUGCGCCUUUCUUCUUCGAACCUUUUGGUAUGUAUUGCCCCCUAACUAUAGAUCAGAUCCACCAGACAAGAAACUCAAUUCCGCACUGCUGCUGAGUCGUCGGACUUAUCCACCAAGGGAUGCGUGGAAUUUCUCGCCCUCUUUUGGGUAUGCAGGUACUAAGAGCCCUCUCACUACCAACCAGCGGACAUCAUCUGGCUGGGUCUUGCCGGGGAGAUCGGAGAAACAGGGAACGCCUAGACGACGUUUUUCUUCCUGGGCUGCAGUAAGUAGAUCGAGAGGUCGUUCCGCUCCUUGUCCCCGAAUAUGGGGAAUAUGUUCUCAUAAAAUCUUGCUCCAAUCUGACCUAGCUUGCGAGCGAUCCCAGUUCGCGACAGUGAACAACACAGCAAGCGAGCGUACUUUUGUUCGCUUCUUCUCCACCAAGCACGGAAGUUUAAGGAUAACUGUAGGUCGGUGGCUACCUAAUGAAACUCCGAUUCGAUCCGCCCCCCGGCUGGGAGGCAUCUACCUCAUCCCGAUCACAAGGAGAGGUUCACUAUGA